AUGAGCCAAACCAACAUCCAUAUCCCAGGCCUCGCAGGCGCCAACGCCUUCACACGCACCCUCAACAAGGAAGACGUUGAUAUUUGCGUAAACGUCGAGCAAGCUUUCACAGAAGCCGAGCGAUGCUCCAAGGAAAAGUUCUGCUAUCGUCUCGGCGCAUGCCCAGAGCUGUGUUUAGGCCUCUUCAUUGAGAAUGAAGACGGAACACCUGCUACGCUCAUUGGACAUGUCAUUGCUGUCAGAUCACCCUACACGCGCGUGACAGACGGGUCCAUGGACAUGCCCAAGAACUGGCGCUCAUUGCCUAAUGAUGAGCCGGUGUUUGUUGACGAUGAGUUGAUUGGGAAUCACAAAUAUGGUGACUCAAUUGCCAUUCACUCUGUGGCUAUCUCGCCCGAUUUUCAGGGAAAGAGAGUUGGGAGGGCUCUUGUGAAGGCUUACACGGAACAUCUUGAGACCGGGUGUUUUGGGGCGAGUAGGGCUGUGCUUAUUGCGCAUGAUUAUCUCGUGAACUUUUAUGAGAGUGUUGGGUUUAAGAACCUGGGGCAAAGCAAGUCGAGUUUUGCGGGAGGCGUUUGGUUUGAUAUGGCAUAUGAUCUUUAA